AUGGCGAGUGGUUCUGCAGACGGGGGUGAGGGAGGUGAAGUCGAUGGAGGAGAAGGAGGGGAAUGUUUGGAGGUGGAUGUGGUGUUUGUAGAGGAUCAUAAUAGAGGGUUUGGUGGUGGUAUGAUAACAAGAAUUGGUGUGGAGGUAGUGGUGGUAUAUGGGGACGAGGAGGGUGGAUCUACUAUUGUUGGUGAAUCUGUACAUGAUGGAGUUGUGAGACAAAGAGAACGAGGUGCUUGUGGUGUUAGUAGGAGAGAAGAAAGAGACGGGGGAAUCAGAGUUGUUGUUGAUAGAAAAUCAAACUAUAAGGGGGGUGUUGGUGGUGGUGGAGAAGGAAAAGGUGGAGGUAUUGAUGAUGGUGGAUCUUCAUGUGGUAGUGAGUUUAGUAAUAACGGAGGUGUUGUUGAUGGUAGUAGCGGAGGUCGGGAGGAGGAAGGAGGAGGAGGCCAUGGAAAAAAAGAAUGA